AUGGCGCCAGAGCCUGGUGACCAUGCCCUGAGCCCCGAGGGCACCCCCAGAUGUCUCAGCACUGGCUCUGUGCCCUUCCUCAGGCUGUCCCUCCCCGGGAGCACCCCGUGCAUGCCUAAACACGGUAUCAUCCUCCACUCUGAAGCCGCCACCAGCAGAGAGAUGUCACACACGCUGAAGGACGGGAGCUGCCCGGGGCCCAGCACGGUGACAGAGGAGGAGCUGAACACCCUCAAGGCCAUGAGCGAUGGGACCCUAGGGAGAGCCCCCGAGGCGGAGGCGACCGAGGCAGCGGUGGCGGAAGUGGGGAGCAAGAUUCUGCCCAGCUCCGAGCAGGAGCGGCCCCCCGAGGCCCCGGAGGGGCCUGUGCUGCCCCCUGCCCAGGACCACACCUCCGCCGCCUCCGAAGACGGGGCCCCCUCGCCGCCGGGGACGCUGGAUCGGGCCCCAGCCCCGGACGCCGCCUCCCCGGACAGUGCCGCCGAGGCUGAGCCCAGGGGGGCCCGCACCCCGCCAGGAGCCGGGACUGGCACAUCCCCAGAGUCCGACGGGCGUGGGGGGGCAAGCCGGGACCCCGAGGCCGGGCAGGGCGGGGCUCAGGCCUCCCCCAGCGAGACCCCCAGUGAAGGGGUCACAGAGGAGCAGGAAGGAGGGAGUCCAGGAGGGGCUGUGCCCCAGGAGCCUCCGGAAUCACAGAGAGCAGGCAGCACAGACGGCGGGCCUGGGGCGAACCCCACGGGCGACAUGCAGGAGAACCAGGGUGCCGGGGGCGGGGGGCACGUGGCCUCGGGUCCUGCGGGGCGGGAGGAGGAAGAGCGAGGGGCCAUCACCCCACAGGAGCUGGCCCCCAGUGGUGACCCCCCGGGUGCCCAUGAGGAAGAGCAGAGCGAGCCCUGCGGAGACGUGCGGGACUCCUCCCAGAAGAAGAGCAAGAGCAGGAAGAAGAAGAACAGGAAGAAGAAGGCCACGGCGGCAGCGGGUGCUGGCAAGGGCGCUGAGAAACAGCUGAGCUUUGAGAGCACGGGUUCUAGUCACGCGGAGGAAGACGCGCAGGGAACUCCGGCCGGGGAGCCCGGGGCUGGAACCCAAGGCCAAGGCGCUGAAACCACGGCCCAGCGCGAGAGGGCGGACUGUCCAGAAGAUCCCAGCCCCGAGAGGGACGGGCGAGACGGCCCGGGGACGCAGGACAGUGACACGGGAGAGGCCACGGCGAACGGAGACACGGUCAGCUGUGCAGGCAAGGGGGCUGAGUCCCCCGCCACCAGCAGGGCUGUCAGCAGUGGUGACGGGGGCGAAGAGGGCACCAGCCGGGGUCACGGCAUCCCCCCCGAGAGUGAGGACGAGCUGGACGACCAGGGCCCCUGGGAGGACGCGGUGGACGCCCCCCCCUUGGAAGGUGUGGCCGGUCUGAGCCAGCCCAUCUCCAGGCAGGGCUUGGAGAGCAUCAGUCUGGACAGCGAGGACCUGUCCCCAGACAGCGAGCCCCAGGGCCUCAGGCCACAGGGCCAGCAGGAGGCCGGUGGCGGGAGCGAGAUGGGCAAAAGCAAGGAAGACUGUGCCCUGUGCUGAGCGGGAGCGGGGGCUCUAGGACCCCCACACACCUGGAAGGGAUUCCUGUCUGCCUUCUCCCUGCAGCAGACUCCCCGGGGGUUCUAGAGUCUCGGGGAGUCACUCAGCCACCAAGUCACCGACCGUUACGGGGGGCUUCUCGUCCACCCCUCCGAGGCAGCCACCCAACCAGCAGAAGGGCACAGGCUGAGCGACGGCACCCUCCCGCUUCACAUGGCAACGCAAAUCUGUCGUCUGCGCGCCCUCUGCCACCCUCUGGGCGUCCCUGACCAAGUGUUGGCAGGACCAAAAAACACUUCUGAGAGUUUCUGCUACUGCACCGGACUGAUAUUUUUAAAGUGUCUCAUUCAAGGGCUGGGGAGAGAGCACAAUGGUUAUACAGAAGACCCUCGAGAUUGAGGCACAAAAGGCCCCAGGUUCGAUCCCCAGCACCACUGUAAGCCAAAGCUGAGUAGAACUCUAUUAAAAAAGAGAGAGAGAAGAAAUUUUUUAAAUUGUCUCCUUUAAUUUUAUGUGCAUUUCUAUGCAGAAUGAGCUAAAAGCCUGCUGUGUCUGGGAAGACAGCGGGAAGGUUCUGUAAACAGACUCUCCUGCCUGAGGCUCUGAGGACCCAGGUUUAAUCCCCAGCACCAGCACCAGCCAGAGCUCAACAGGGCUCUGGUCAGUCUCUCUCUCUCUCUCUCUCUCUCUCUCUCUCUCUCUCUUUUCUCUGUAUCUUUCUCCAUGUAUCUUUCAUUAAAUAGAUAAAGUAAUUAAUUAAAUAAAAGGCUGUAGGCUUUGAUAUCCCAGGUUCAAUCCCCAGCCCCACCAUCAUCACCAGGACUCUGGUGUCUCUCUCUCUCUCUCUCUAACUCUCUCAUUAAAACAAUCAAAUAAAAUCAUGGUCUGGGAGGUGGCGCAGUGAUAAAGCAUUGGACUCUUAAGCAUGAAGUCCUGAGUUCGAUCCCCAGUAGCACAUGUGCCAGAGUGAUGUCUGGUUCUUUCUCCUCCUAUCUUCUCAUGCAUAAAUAAAUAAAUAAAAUCUUUAAAAAAAUAAUAAUCAAAUAAAAUCAAUAGGCCUGGGAGACAACAUAAUGGUUCUGCUAAAAGCGUCUCCUGCCUGAUGCUCCAAGGUCCCAGGUUCAAUCCCCAGCAUCACCAUCAGCCAGAGCUGUCAGGGCUCUGGCAAAAAAAAGAGAGAGAGAGAGAGAGAGAGAGCAAAGCCCCACUCCACCACCCAUGGAUUCCCCCGCCCCCGCUGUUGAUGGCUCUGCCCUGUGGUGCCGGGGAUCAAACUCCAGGGAUCAAACCCCGGGGGCCCGUCUCUGACACCCACAGAUCCUGCCGGAGGGUGUGACCUCAUGCCUAGUCUGUCCAAGGGUGUUGUGUGAGAUGGCACGGGAGGCCUGCAGAGGGGCGGCGGGACCCAGCCCAUCCUCCUUCAGCCUCGACUGUCCAUUGCCUGGCACUCCACAGGCAGCGCGGACGCAUCCAGCUGCAGCCUCCACCGAGAGCUGGGUCUACAGCCGCCUCUGGGCCAGAGUCUCUCCCCAGACUCUUCCUCUCUGCCGCUUCUCUGCAUCUUCUUGGUCUUCCUGGGGGGGUGAGUCCUCUCUGCUCCGUAGCGGAGCACUGAGAGAGCAUUGUAAAGUUGAAUCAAGGAACAAAUCUGUCAGACCCGAGAGGCGCGGGAGUGUGAGUGUACCCAGAACUGCUGCUGGCAGAAGGGGUGUGGGCUUCCUUGACUGUUACAAGGCCCAGCCGAGGGCCAGAAGGAAUCAUCAGCCCUCAGCGACCUGGUGUCGGCGUGUCAUGGAAAUAAAAGAUACUUUGCCACUC